GGAGAGAGAGAGAGAGAGAUCACUCAGAAGAAAACUAGACUGAUCAAUAUAUCUAGAGGAGAGAGAGAGAGAGAGAGAGAGAGAGAGAGAGAGAGAGAAGGAAGAGUAUGGAGAAAUCAAAGUCAAGAAACAAGUUCUUGAAAUUUCUACCAAGAGCAGCUUCAGCCGUUAGAUUCCAAAACCCACCAUUCAGCCCAGACAAGCUCAAGCACCUCGCCGGAAAAGGAUUCUCCGGCCAGUUCAUGUCCAUAAUUCCGGCGGAAGCCCGAGGGAAGCCCAAGAACUCAACCACUGCCACCUUCGAAGCCCAAGAGCCCACGUCACCAAAAGUCUCAUGCAUGGGCCAAAUCAAGCACAAGAAGAAGAUCAAGAAUGAAAAGCAGCCCGCCUUUCAGCCCAAAGAUCACGUAAAGCCUGUUUCGGCCCAAAUUGAGGUGAAGAAGAAUACGACGACGUCGUUUCAUAAGAAAUUAUCAAGUAGCAUGAAACCGCAGGGUAGGAAAUCCGAUGCUUCGUUUGAUCAGACUAGGUUGCCAGAUCGAGCGCCUAGUUUGAGUCAAAUGAGGCGGUUCGCGAGCGGUCGGGACGCGGUUAGAGAUUUCGAUUGGGGGGAUCAGGUUAAGGCGACAGAUGAGGAUUUCGGGGAUUAUUAUUCUGGUGAAGAGAGCGAAGGGGAAGAGAGAGAAGGUUUUGUUCCUUUUUCUGCACCAAUAUUGGUUGGUGGGGGUGGUGGGGUGGUGACAAUGGAGCCUAGAAAAGAAAUUAAUUUGUGGAAAAGAAGGACCAUGGCUCGACCUAGCCCACUUCAAGUUAAGACCAUGGUUAGACCAUGAAUAAGCCUAUAGAUUGAAGAAAUUAAAUUAGUUUUGGUCUUAUUUCUUAAUUAGUUUUGAUUCUUAAUUGUUACUUGGAAUCACUUUCGAUAAUGAUUGCUUAUAUUGUUGAAAAGUAAAAAAAAAAAAAAUUGAAAGUAAAGUAAGCAAGCAAAGAUUUGUCAAAUGGGAUUUCAUUUGAAUAGUUUUAGGGUUUCAUUUGAAUAGUUUUUGGUGGAUACCUAAAUGCAAUUACGUAUAUAUAAUUUU